AUAUAUUUCUAAUUUCAAUAACUUCAUUAACAUUUUGUUUUUGUAUAGCUAUAGCACAAACACUACAAACUCGUUUGCUGUGAACUGUGUUGUUUGUUCUGUGUACACAGUGUGACGUUCUCGAUAAACAGAUUUUUUUUUAAUAAUUUAGUUUGAUAGUAUAUUGCGACUUUACUAAUUAAUUAUCUAUGUACAUUUAUAUGCAAUCCGAUAUGUGUUGAUUUCUGUCUAAUUUUUAAACCAUGUGUCCUUAUCGGAUUAGAAGAAAAUGUAGUCAAUGUAGAUACUUACUCGUCUUACUCUUGUAGUCGAUCAUUAUACCACAAGUUGAAAACUACUAAAGAAAAAAAAACGACGAAGAAUUCAAUAUUUCAAUAUUCAAUGUCUUCCAAAAGGACUUGUGUGCUGUUGGCUGUAGGCUUUCUAUUUAUAUUCUGUCACUCUGUAAAUGGUUUAUCAUGUUAUUGUGACAUAUGCGCUGAUUCAAACUAUACUUGUAUCACUGAUGGAUAUUGUUUCACGAGUAUAUCUAAAGAUACAAGUGUUGUUCGUCAUUCAUCUCGGUGUUUGGAGAAUAACAUAGUGAUCCCGCGAGAAAAACCUUUGAUAUGUCAUUACCCUAAAAAACAUAAUGAUUCAUUUGUAACCGAAUGUUGUAAAGACUAUGACUUUUGUAACAGAGAUCUUAAGCCGACACUACAUAUUAAGCUUCCAGAUGAUUCAUUGAAUGACUCUAAAAAGGAGAGAUUGGGUACAUGGGAACUAGCUAUUAUAAUAGCUGGUCCAAUAGGUGUUGUAUGCCUUGUAGUCAUGCUCAUAAUGAAUUUUUGGGCUGGAUCGACCAAACGUCACAAUAUUAGAUAUCUACGAACUCCUCGAAUCAUAGCUGCUGAUCAACAGCCUAUUUUAACUGCUGCUGUUUCUUUGAGAGACAUGAUUGAAAUGACUACUAGUGGAUCAGGAUCAGGAUUACCACUUUUGGUACAAAGAAGCAUUGCUCGUCAAAUUCAACUUGGUGUACCUAUUGGUAAAGGUCGUUUUGGUGAAGUAUGGCAAGGAAAAUGGCGAGGAGAACAAGUAGCUGUAAAAAUAUUUUCAUCUAGAGAGGAACGGUCAUGGUUUAGGGAAGCUGAGAUAUACCAAACAGUUAUGCUGAGACAUGAUAAUAUUUUAGGAUUUAUUGCUGCUGAUAAUAAAGAUAAUGGUACAUGGACUCAAUUAUGGCUAAUAACUGAUUAUCAUGAAAAUGGAUCACUAUUUGAUUUUUUGAAUCGAAGUACAGUGGAUACAAAUGGAAUGAUUCGUAUAGCACUAUCUAUAGCAACUGGUCUUGCUCAUUUACACAUGGAAAUUGUUGGAACUCAAGGUAAACCUGCCAUUGCACAUCGAGAUCUCAAAUCAAAAAACAUUUUAGUCAAAUCCAAUGGAACUUGUGCUAUUGGUGAUUUAGGACUUGCUGUACGAUAUGAUACUUCUAUGGAUACAGUUGAUAUACCAUUAAACCACCGAGUAGGCACUAAACGAUAUAUGGCCCCAGAGGUUUUGGAAGAAACAAUCAACAUGAACCAUUUUGAUUCAUUUAAAAGGGGUGAUAUUUAUGCUUUGGGUUUAAUACUUUGGGAAGUAACACGAAGAUGCUAUGUUGAUAAUAUACAUGAAGAAUAUCAAUUACCAUACUAUGAUAGUGUACCAUCUGAUCCUACUAUUGAUGAAAUGCGCAAAGUUGUUUGCUUAGAAAUGAAACGACCUCCUAUUCCACCGAGGUGGAAUGCAUACCCGUGUUUACAAACUAUGAGCAAAUUAAUGCAAGAAUGUUGGUACCAUACUGCAUCUGCUCGCCUGACAGCACUACGCAUUAAAAAAACUCUAGCCACUUUGGGUGCCAUGCAAAGUCAUAAUAUUAAUAUUAAUAUUUAAGGACUUAAUGACCUCAUAAAAAAUAAACCUCUAGCUGCCAAUAGGUUAUCUACAAACAUAAUGUUUACAACUUCUGGAUAUGUAAUUUAAGUUUCAUAGUUUUUGAAGUCUCCUAAAACAUUGUAUGUGCCAUUUUAUUCUUCGAAAAUGUCAUGGUAUAGGAACUAUUUUAUAUUUAUUAACUAAUACGUACUUAUUUUAAUGUGUGUUUUUGUAAUCAUCAUAUUUGGUUACCAUAACAAAACUUUUGAGUGUUGAAAAUUAUUUCACUUUAUUAAUAAUUUAUUUAAACUCAAAAUAACUUAAAAAAAAAUUUAUUGGAAUUGUUGCGAAUUUGAAAUUUCUAUAAAAAAAAAUAAUAUAUUCUGGACAAUAGAUAUUUUAUAUUUGCAUGUAAACAACUAUAUAAAAUGAGUAUUUUUUGCAUGGUUAUUAACCAUAUUUUUAUAUUAUUCCCAUAUUUCUUUUUUAAAUAAAAAUUUUCAAGAAUUUUUGGAAAAAAAACCUAUGUUCACCACUAGGAUCUCAUUAAUGUAGCUUUCCAUAAUACAUAACUAUUAAUUAACACUUUGAUUCCCUCCUUUUUUAGUCUAAGAAUCUUGUUUCUUUGUGAAAACACUAAAAUAUUAUUAUAUAUAUAAAAAUGGUUAUUGUCAUAUAUUUACUUCCGAUUUAAUCUAAUUUAAAAAUAAUUUUAUAAAUUAAAACUAUUUUAUACAUUGAAAAUCAGUUUGAAUAAACAAAUAAAAUAAUUUUAUAUUGAUUGUGAAGUAUAAUAUGCACUAAAUUUAUUUUUAAUUAUAACCUUGUAAUACGACUGUAAACUAAAUAUUCGUGCUCCAGUUUUUAUUGAUUGAAUUCAACUCGAGUCGGAAUAUAAUUCUAGUUUAUAUAAUUAUAUGAUAUGUCAUAAUUAUUUGCUCAUAAUUAGAGUUUAUGUUAACUGUUAAAAUGUUUUAUAUUUUCUUUCUUUAUGUUUACCUACAUACAGUUUUUAAUAAUAUUCAAGAUAAUUUUAUGUAUAUUAAGUUAAAUUUAAAUAUAAAUUUUUGUAUAUAAAUAUACCGGAGUGUCUCAAUUUCUUAUAAUCGAAGAUUUUAAUUAUUUUUAAAAGUUUCAUUAGUAAAAUACUUUGAAUAAUAAUAUGAAAUUGAUUUCCAAAUGACAACUGAUUUUAUACAUUUUUGUAACAACAUAAUAAUAUCUGAAUAUUUUUGAGACGCAAUGUAAAUAGUAUGUAUAAUUACCUAAUUAAUGUUAAGUUGGGCUUAAUGAUGUUAGAUAUGAGAUCAUGUGUACAUUAUUUAUAUACUUAAGGGCAGAAAUAAUUUUGUUAGUGCUCAAAUUAAGAAGAAAAAAACAGAGUAGCCUAGAUGAUAAAUAACAGUACAAUUUACUAUUAAAUAUUUUAUACUACUUAAUAUUGUACAUAGUUUAUAUGUUAUAUAUAAUGAUACUUUUAAAAGGCUAUUCUUGGAGGCAUUAUGUUUGAAAUGAAUAUUAACAGUUUUAGUUGUAAAUGCAAAAGCAGCUUGUUUUUUUACAGAGUAUUUUUCAAUUAACAAUAUUAAAUUUAUUAUUAUUUUGUAUUGUAUAGUUUUUUUUUCACAAUAAUUAUUAUUUUUUAUUCAAUAAACUUAUAUCUUAGUGUCUGUUAUAGUCAAGAUUUUAUAAACAUUAUAAUUGUAAAUUGUAAAACUUAUAAAUUUAAAAUUAUUGUAUACUCAAAAAAGUCAAAUCGGCAUUAUGAUAAUGUGUACUUGGAAUAUUUUUUGAUUAAUUUAAAUUAUAUAACUAUAGAAAACAACAAACAUGAUGUUAUUUUGUACAGAUUUAUGAUGAUAGCUUACAAAAUGGAAUACAUAUAUUAUUACGUUUUUGUUUCUAAGUAUGUAAAUAUGAUAUUGCUUAAUUUUUUUCUCACUAAGCUAUUUUAUUAUAUUUUUAGUUUUGUAAAUUAAUAUAUCUAUUAAAUUAAGUAUUUGUUAUAAUUGUGCUCCCACCAUAAUAACCAUGCUGCUCUCUACCAACCCAUAUAUUUUUUUUUUUAACUUGUUUUUAGCCUGAAAGCUUUUAAGAGUUAAAAUGUUUUGUUUUAAUUUAUAUAUUUUUUUCAUUAAAUGAUAUAUGUGUAUACUAUGAUUAAAAAUAUAUUUCUAUUACAUAUAA